ACACUGCAAAAAUUUUCCGUUUUUUUUUUCGGAAAUUUUUAUACCAAAUGAAUUAGCAAUGUCUUAUGGUGGCCCGCCCCGUAUUUUUUGCGUUCAAACCCGCCACGUCAUAAUUUUUUUCUCAAUAUUUGAAUUAUUUUUGUGUGGAUGGCAGACGGUGUUGAAUGAGGAUCGUAUUACAAGAACGACUGGAACUAUAUCCGCAAUUCUGACACUUGUCAUUCUAUACAGUGUUGUCAAGAAUCGAGCGUCUCUAUUGAAAAUUGCAAUGUAUAUAUCGAUAUUCCAACUUGCAUUCGAAUUCGGCGAAAUCCUUGUAACUCCAGUUUAUUUUUCAAGUCAAGUGGCGUCAGGAUACGAAUCAAAUGAUACGUAUCCUAACUUUCUCGGCGUAAAAACGGCGGAAGAGGAUCGUUUUGUCAUUGGGCUUUUGACAGGAUAUUCUGUGGAAAUAAUCAUGACAAUUUCUGUUACAUUAUCAAUAAUCAAAUUCAUUCUAAUCAAUCGAUGUUACGUCUAUGCAAAACGAAUCGAGAAUGGGAUGCUGGUUAGACAGUCGGAUUUAACAAAUGUGAUGAAGUUUUGAAAGUUCCUUGGAAACACGUGGUGCCAGGCUGUCCCACCACGGUUUGAUCUACAAAAAAUGCGGCAAUUUUUUGCCAAAAAAAGUGUGACGUCAGCACGUUCUUAACCAUGCGAAAUCAGUUGAGAACUCUGCCGCAUUUUUUGUAGAUCUACGUAGAUCAAACCAACAUGGGACACUCUGACACCACACGUUCUGAAAUAAAUACUUU